AAAAGUACUUUAGGCUGUGGUAUUUCAUCAGUCUGUCAAAUUAAAAAUGUCAGUCAUAUUCCUUUUAAAGAUUUCAUGUUUUUAUUGGAUUGUGUGAUUGAGGUUAAGUUAAACAUAUCAUUUUAGAAAAACAGACUAGUUUCUUUGUUCAAAGAAAAACAUAAAGAAAGAUGCAUAAGACGGGUGCAACAAGAUAUCAAAAGUUUCUUAAAUCAGAAAAAGCUAAGACAAAACUAAAAGGAAAAAAAGAAUUACCAAAAGGCACAAAUGUUACUAAAACGAACUUUAAAGUAAAGAAAAUUGUAAUACAGGAACAACUUAAGAAACAUGGUCGAACAGAGAUUUUGUCGUCGAAAAAGCUAAAUGUUAAAGAGUUGUUAACACGGCUAAGUCACUUUAACACGAAUGCCCGAAUGGAAGCCUUGAGUGGGUUAAAAGAACUGAUACCUCUGCGCAAUAACUCUUUGGAAGUAAACUUAGGCCAAUUUAUUCAUGGUGUUACUCCAUUGGUUUUAAACAUAGAAAAAAAUGUACGCCGUGAGUCUAUAAAGGUAAUCCAUUUGGCUUUGACACAUGUUAGCACAGAAAAAAUAGACCCUUUCUUUGAUGUUUUAUCAACAUACCUUAGAAGUGCAAUGACACAUAUUGACAACAGAAUUCAAGAAGAUUCACUUUUAUUUCUUGAUGUUUUGUUAUUGUGUACCCCACAACUGAUAGCUCAUGACUUUCACAAGAUUAUACCCAAUUUCUUGGACAUGAUAUCUAAGCUGAAGGAUGCAAACCAAGGGAGGACAUUGACUGUUAAUUUAAACAGCCAAAUCACAAGUGUUAAGUGGCGUGUGAAGGUAUUCCAUCGCUUGCAACAGUUUUUGCAUAAAUUUGCUGAAUGUAAUGAUGUUUACAAAACAGAACAAUUAUCUGACAAGACUCAAGUAUUUAACAUAAAAAAUAAAAAUAAUUUUCCAUUGUUUAACCCAAUUUAUACAUCUAUAUGCACAGUUUCAUGCUUUUCAUCUAAAUCCUCUCAAAAUUCUCUAUCAGAUGAAGUGGAGAAGUUUCAAUCCUAUGUAAAUACUUUGAUGCCUUUAAUGUUUGAUAUUUGGCUUGAAGUACGCCCCAAUGUAAAGGGAGACAAAAAUAUCGAAACUGUCAUAAAUGAAGAUGCUGCAAUACUAUUACAACAUGUCCUCGAGGUAAUUUCUAUGCUAUGGAAACUUGUAGAAUACUUCAAUAAGAAAUAUCCCAGUUCUUUGAUUCAAAAUAGUUUUAUACAAAAAUAUAAAUCUCUCUUCACCCAGCAUUUUGUUAAUGCUUUUCCUUAUGUCACAAAUGUAAGGUCGCAUUUACCAAAAACCGAUUUACCAUUUGAGAUUCCAAUUACAGACCCAAAGUUAAUCACUGAAAAUUUGGAAAUAUGCUACUUGUAUAUAACUAUCAACCCAAAUCUAAAUAUUAAGAACAACCAAAAAGAUGUUAUUGCUAUCUUCAAUUAUAUUGAAAACAAUUUUUCCAGUAACUCUCAUGACUCUAUGUUAGAGGUUGCUAUAAGAAUAAUGCACAAAAUCAUUUCAGAAGAAGUAAGCACCAAUUGGACAAAAUCAUUAAACAUAGUUGAAUCAUUAUUUAAAAAGAUAAUCUGGACUUAUUGCAGCGACAGUUCUUCUUCAUAUCUGAAGCAACAAAUGUUUGCAUUGCUAUGCAAAAUUUAUUUAAAUAAUAAUUUAGUUAAUUUUCAUUCUUCUGAAGCUUUUCUAUAUUGGCUCCAAAUUUUACCCGAUGUAUUAUUAGAUAGCACAAUCAGUUCAGAUACAAUUGAUAUUCUUCAUAGGCUUGCUGUCAGUAAUAAUAAAAGUUUCAACAAUGUAGUUAAACCUAAACUAACAAAUAUUAUAACAAACUUGCCUAAAAUCACAGUAAGUGAUUUAAAACAUAAUAAUGCUUAUUACAAAUUGUUUUCCAUAUUGUACUGGAUUAAUUCUUGGGAUAUUGAGUCUUUUGAAUUAUUAGAGAAACAAAUUAUUAAUAAUGAAUACAAGAGUGAUUAUGGAAGUUAUAUCCUGGACACUUUAAAAUGUAGAGGUGGAGUGUCAUAGAUUAAGUUCAACCACUAUUUAUAAUGAUUGUAAUAUUAAAAUCGUAUAUAAAUUUAAUGGAAAUAAAACAUUACUUUUAA